AAACGAAAGGAGUAUUUUAAUUUUGUUUACAAGAAGAGAAAAAUUAUAGACUGCAUAUUCUUAUGGUUAUUAUGAAAAUAAAAAAGUGAUAAUUUUUUUUAAUUUUCUAAAAAAGUAAAAGAUAAUUAAUUCAAAAGGAAGAGAGUCUAGUUUUUACAUAUACGAGUUGUUGGUUUGCCAAAUCCUUCCCUACAAAGUCUUGUUAUUUUAUUCCUCUGCUCUCGUCCACACCCAAAUAUCCAUAGACCCUCACCACGCCAUGCAGUCAACGAGUCAACUCCAAGUUCCGCCGGAGAGGCUGACGGAGAAGAAGGUGGCGGAUUUAGUCGGCGACAAACGGAGACUGGUGGAGGUGCCGUACACCGCCACCCUGGCGGACACCAUGAACACCCUCCUCGCCAACCGCGUGGCGGCCGUGCCGGUGGCGGCGCCGCCGGGACAGUGGAUCGGAGCCGGCGGUUCCAUGAUUCUGGAGUACGAUAAACGCACCGGCGCCGCCAGGAAGCACUAUAUCGGGAUGGUGACGAUGCUCGACGUCUUGGCUCAGAUCGCCGGCGACGGCGACGAUGACGUGGCGGAUUUUGACCUGAAAAUGUCGGUUCCGGUAUCGUCUAUAAUUGGCCACUGCCUAGAAAGCCUCACCUUGUGGACACUCAAUCCUGGCAUGAGCCUUGUGGACUGCAUGGAAGUCUUCAGCAAAGGCAUUCACCGAGCCAUGGUCCCAUUCGAAGGCCAGGCAGAUAACGCGCCGGGCGUGGAGAUCGUCGAAUCGGCAUCGAGCUACCGAAUGCUCACGCAAAUGGACGUGUUGAGGUUCUUGAGAGAAUGCGCGGGCCAACACGACGACGAGCUCAAAGCCGUGAUGUCGCACCGCCUCAAGGACAGCAAUGCGGUGGCGGCGGACGCGGUUUUCGGGGUGACCGAUAAGGCGAGGGUCAUCGACGCCAUCAAAUGUAUGAGGGCGGCUUCUCUUAACGCCGUGCCCAUUGUCGAGUCUUCGGUUUCUGUGCAAGAAGAUCACAGGCAACUUGUUAAUGGUAAAAACCGGAAAGUGACGGGGACAUUUUCGGCGACGGACCUACGGGCAUGCCCGAUACCAGUGCUCGAGACGUGUCUGAAAUGGAGGGUGGUCGACUUCCUGCGGAAGCUGUCCGAGUCGCCGGCGCACGAAUCGGCGGGGGUGCGGUCGACGUGGAAGGAGCCGGUGGCUUGCGGCGCGGAGGUGACGGUGGGGGAGGCGGUGGAGAAGGCGGUGCGCCACCGGGUGCACCGCGUGUGGGUGGUCGAUGACAAGGGUCUGCUCCAAGGGGUUGUGUCCCUGACUGAUAUGGUCAGAGUCAUCCGCCUCUGCUUGCUCUCUCUGUCUCACUGACCCCAGCCGAGACGACUCCCCCAUUAUAUAUUUAUGAAUUGUCUUGUCUUUAUAAUAAUAAGUUGGGGAGGGAAUUAAAAUAGUGUGUGCUAU